CUAUUAUGUCCUUGAGGAUUUAAAGCACAAUUUAUAGAAAAUAGCAUGAUAUAAACGAUCAGAUAAUAACACAAAGUUAAUUGAGAGUAAACUAGCGAUUGUAGUAUAAGCAAUUCAUGCACCUUGUUUAAGUUGUUUGGCCCAUAUUACACGAAAUCUCAGAAAUGAGUGUGUUAGAUCGAGUAGAGCGGAUCCUAAAGCGGGUAGCCGAAGUAGAAGGAAUUAGCAACUGUGAAAUCACCCCCAAUUUGGAAACUUUAAGCGGCGAUGGAUUCCUCAGUGAGUUCUACACGGGCAACAUCAAAAACAAGGAUACGGGAGAGCUGCUUCAGAUCUACAUCAAAGUGAAGCCUCCAAGAGGCACGAAAAUCAUCGAACCUGCCUUUAUAAACGAGGUGAAUUUCUACGCGAAGAUCCUUCCGGAGCUGGACCAGUUCCAGAGAGUCCAGGGCGUCAAGGAGCCAUUUGAUAAAAUUCCCAAGUUCUACUGCGGCAGCUUGGAGGAGGGCCAGGAGUAUCUCGCCCUCAUCGACCUGAAAGCCCUCGAUUACGUUCUGCUGGACAAAAGCCAGUUUAUCGACGAGAAACACCUAAGACUGAUCUUUGAAACCUAUGGAAAGUACCACGCAUUGACUUUCGCCUAUAAGGCAAGCAAUCCCGAAAAGUACCAGACACUCAUGAAGCCAAUCCAGGAUGUCUUUGGGGUGUUCAAAGACUUCGAAGAAAUCACCACGGGAAUGGCCGAGAGGUUGAACUUGUCCUACGACUACAUUAAGACAACCGAUGCGGAAAUAGCUGCCAGGCUUAAGCUACUGAUAGCCGAUGUUCCUGCGGCUUUUAGCAGGGGAUUUGACUAUGUUGGGAAGUAUUCGACUUUGGUGCAUGGCGACUGUUGGUCCAACAACAUCCUGUUUAAGUACCAA